GAGGCAGCCGCCUCCGAGACAGAGGCGGGCGAGGAGGAGCUGCUGGCGAAUUUCCUGCAGGGGCUGCUGAGGCCGGCCGGGCGCUAUUGCCGGGGCUGUGCGGUGGCGGCACCGCCGCCCGCGUCCCGGCCCCCGGCCACGCCCCCGGCCACGCCGCCGCCCCCGCCGCCCCCGCACUGCGCGUCCUGCGCGCGGCACGCAGCCUCCGCCGGCCGCGUGCGACAGCUUCUUAAGCCGUGUGACCGCCUUUUCGCGAGCUGUCUGUGGAACGGUGUGCCCUUCGACUGUUGCUCCAACUUCCGGCCCCUGACGACCAGCCGAGGCGCCUGCUUCUCCCUCAAUUCGCGCCAGACAGAUGGCAGUGCCAAUGAAGAAAUGUUCGUCGUAAGCCACCGGAAGCCAGAAGCCUCUAUACAUUUGAAGUUCACUGAACCCGUUCAG